UUCUCAUUAGAUCAGACAUCUUGGCCAGCCGCGCGCAAGCAGCCCGAGCGCCCCGAGCUGCAUUUCCCAGCCUCGCUGCGCGCGCGGAUCCCCUUGCGCGGACGCCUGCCUUUGUGUGACUGCGGGCGGGGAGGCGGCUCCGACCCGUCCCUCCCCAUCUUCCUUGGGCUGCGCAGCAGAGCACCAGCCCUCCUCCUCCUCCUCCUCCUCGGUCCACCUUAUAGCCAGCCCCCUCCAGCUGCCCCCAGCUCGCAAUUUAUCUUAGUUCUUCCAGAGACAAGAUGGCAACGCCGGCGGCUGUUAAUCCACCCGAGAUGGCGUCGGACAUACCUGGGUCAGUGACGUUGCCGGUGGCGCCGAUGGCAGCUGGUCAAGUGAGAAUGACCGGGCCCAUGCCUGCUAGAGGAGGAAAGAGACGCUCUGGGAUGGAGUUUGAUGAUGAAGAUGGUGAAGGACCCAGCAAAUUUUCAAGGGAGAACCAUAGUGAGAUCGAGAGACGCAGGAGGAACAAGAUGACCCAGUACAUCACCGAGCUCUCUGACAUGGUGCCCACCUGCAGCGCCUUGGCGCGCAAACCUGACAAGCUGACCAUUCUCCGCAUGGCAGUGUCACACAUGAAGUCCAUGAGGGGCACUGGGAACAAAUCUACCGAUGGAGCAUAUAAGCCUUCCUUCCUCACUGAGCAGGAACUGAAACACCUCAUCCUUGAAGCUGCAGAUGGCUUCCUCUUCGUUGUUGCUGCUGAGACAGGCCGGGUGAUCUACGUGUCUGAUUCUGUCACUCCUGUUCUCAACCAGCCCCAGUCAGAGUGGUUUGGAAGCACUCUGUAUGAACAGGUUCACCCCGAUGACGUGGAAAAGCUGAGGGAGCAGCUCUGCACAUCCGAGAACUCAAUGACAGGGAGGAUUUUGGAUUUGAAGACUGGGACAGUGAAGAAAGAGGGCCAGCAGUCUUCAAUGAGAAUGUGCAUGGGAUCGAGGCGGUCGUUCAUAUGCAGAAUGAGGUGUGGAAAUGCCCCACUGGAUCACUUGCCCCUAAACAGAAUAACUACCAUGCGAAAAAGAUACAGGAAUGGCCUUGGCCCGGUGAAAGAAGGAGAGGCCCAAUAUGCUGUGGUUCAUUGUACUGGUUACAUCAAAGCCUGGCCUCCGGCAGGAAUGACUAUACCAGAAGAAGAUGCCGAGGUGGGACAAGGCAGCAAAUAUUGCCUGGUGGCAAUUGGGAGGCUUCAGGUUACCAGCUCUCCGAUGUGCAUGGACAUGAAUGGAAUGUCUGUCCCCACGGAAUUCUUGUCCAGACACAACUCAGACGGAAUCAUCACCUUUGUGGAUCCAAGAUGCAUUAGUGUCAUUGGCUAUCAACCCCAGGACCUUUUGGGCAAAGACAUUAUAGAAUUCUGCCAUCCAGAAGAUCAAAGCCAUUUAAGAGAGAGCUUCCAGCAGGUUGUUAAACUGAAAGGACAGGUGCUGUCUGUGAUGUAUCGCUUUCGUACCAAGAACCGGGAAUGGAUGCUAAUCCGGACCAGCAGCUUCACAUUUCAGAACCCUUAUUCGGACGAGAUUGAGUACAUCAUCUGCACCAACACUAAGCAGCUUCAGCAACAACAAGCAGAGCUUGAAGUACACCAGAGAGAUGGGCUAUCAUCAUACGACUUAUCUCAGGUACCUGUUCCAAGUAUACAGUCUAACGUUCAUGAGGGUGGGAAGCCAGUGGAGAAGCCUGAUGCCAUCUUCUCUCAAGAGAGGGAUCCAAGGUUUGCCGAGAUGUUCGCUGGUAUAACUACUACAGAUAAAAAGAUGAUGCCUUCAGCAUCCACAGCCGGUAACCAGCAGAUCUACUCUCAAGGGAGCCCCUUCCAGCCGGGACAUUCUGGAAAGUCGUUCAGCUCGUCUGUGGUCCACGUGCCCGGCGUCAACGACAUCCAGUCGUCAUCAUCGGCUGGUCAGAACCUGUCCCAGAUCUCACGCCAGCUAAAUCAGAGUCAAGUUGCCUGGACGGGAAGUCGCCCUCCAUUUCCAGGACAGCAAAUUCCUUCGCAGUCUGGCAAGGCUCAGUCUUCUCCCUUUGCAAUUGGAACCAGUCACACUUACCCUGCUGACCCAGCAUCGUACAGCCCCCUGUCCAGUCCUGCUACCUCCUCUCCAAGCGGGAAUGCCUACUCCAGCUUAGCUAACAGGACAGCAGGAUUUGCUGAAAGCAGCCAAAGCAGUGGACAGUUCCAAGGGAGGCCUUCGGAGGUGUGGUCCCAGUGGCAAAGCCAACAUCACAACCAGCAAAACAGCGAGCAGCACCCUCACCAGCAAACCAGCCAGACAGAAGUGUUCCAGGAUAUGCUGCCUAUUCCAGGAGAUCCAACCCAAGGAACCGGCAAUUACAACAUUGAAGAUUUUGCUGAUUUGGGCAUGUUCCCCCCAUUUUCUGAGUAAAUUUUACCUAGCCAGAUAACCUCUGAAAAGGACAUUCUGGGAAAGGAAAUCAGCAUACCAGGGUAGUUUGGGAUCUGCUUUCCCUGUGUUAACAUUAUCAUAGAAGCUAUAAAACAAGAAACCCCCCCCCCCUUCUCAUACUUCAGAUAAUCACUUGCUCUCCUUCCAAGUGCUGACCAUGCAAGUUCUAAUGAAAUAACCUAACGCCACCUGGUUGGCAUUUGCCACCAGGAUUCAUUUUGUACUUCAUCCCCAUUUGUGGUAGGGUUUUGAGCUUGGGGUGGGGUGGGGGGUGGGGACGAGCGGGGAGGCACUUUGAUUUUUAACUUUCUCUCGGCUCUUUAAUAUUUGAAUGUGAACCAUUUCUAACUUCCCCCUUUAGAGAAAGCUGCUUGUGUGAACAGAUAAUGAAAUAAGCACUCCAGUCCUCUGCUGGCUACUUGAAGAUAAGACCUCUAGUUGUGAGGCUCCCUAGCUGUGGCCCAUAGACCACGGGGGGCGGGGCAGUCAGCGAGCUCCAUUCUGGUGGUUCUUGGAAAGGUAGCAGAACAGCUGAGAAGGUCUGUACCUGGUUGUGCAAAUGGUCCCCUCACCCCAUGACAACAGAGAUUGAAGCCAUUUUGAUCCUUUUUAUGGUCAUUUUAGGCCAGUUUGAAUGUAAGGUUGUGUAACCAUAACCUAGUCCUUUCUGGCAGGAGAUUCCAGCGCCUUUACUAUCUUAUUUUAACACAGCUAGGCUUGAAUGUAUGUACAUUUUAGUACUAUCUGUAUAUCUGGUGUUGUACAAACCGGAUCUUGGGUUUUUAUUUUGCCGUACACAAGG